AUGCCCGACCGCCGGCAGCUGCUGCCUUGUCUGGUGGCUCUCGCCAUCGCCGGCUGCUUCCAUAGAAGCUUUGUCCAGCCUUCACAUGAAGGACGCUUCCUCAGAAAGCUGGCUCGAGGCGCUGCCGCCGGCAAAGUAAACAUUGACAAGAGCCAGGACCUUCGUGACUUCUUGUUGGGCGAGAAGGCAGGCGCUCCCACAAAGGCCGCGCCCAAGGCCCAGGAGAGCUGGACUCAUCUGCCAGUGCUGGAGUGCGAUGAGGGUUGCAUCACUGCAAUCGAGAGCUGCCUGGAAGAAGGCUGCAGCGUGGAAGCCAUGAUGAAGCUGGAUGCAGCCAUUGCAAAGGAUGAGAAGACGGUCAAGGCGGCGCUGAAGAAAAAGGAGGACGCAUUCCUCGAGAACUUCUUGCAGCGAUCUGGUGCACUUCGAGCCCAGCUGGUUGCCAUGGUGAACCGGAAGGCCUCGGAGCCGUGGAUGGAGCAGCUCAUCAAGGCGGCGAAGCUGGCAUUCGCCUCCAGCAAGGGCGACUACCCGAAGGUCGGCGCCUUGCCUUAUUCCUCCUGA